GGCAGACAGACAGACAUGCAGAGAGAGAGAGAGAGAGAGAGCGUGCAGCCAAAGUUGUGUGAGCUAGCAGAGGAAAGGCUGCUGGCCAACCUGUCCACCCUCCUGGCUGAGGAGCCAACCUCUUCAGUAAGGCGGACAGAGGUGCGUCCAUGUAAAUUGACCCCCUGCUACCCGACACCGGAUAAGCGGACGAAUUUGUAUGGAUGGAACCUGACACCAAGACCAAGGACCCCACUGCCCUCCAUCCUCAUCGAGUCUGGCACCCCAAAGGUGGAGGAGGCGGAAGAGGAGGCAGAGGAGGAAGAGAAGGAUGACAGGGAGGAGGAGGAGGAAGAAGAGGAAGAGAAGGAUGACAGGGAGGAGAUCCGGGAGGCUGAGAUGGUGGAGGCUGAGUGCGAGCAGCAGAAGCCGGUAGACAGCGCUCAGAAGGCGUAUUCAGGAGCAGGAGACCCCGCGGAUAGAGUCUCCUACGAGCUGCCCUGGGUGGAGAAAUACAGGCCGGUCAAACUGAACCAGAUCGUGGGGAACGAAGAGACGGUGAGUCGGCUGGAAGUGUUCGCCAGAGAGGGAAAUGUCCCCAACAUCAUCAUAGCAGGUCCUCCAGGAACAGGGAAGACCACCAGCAUCCUGUGUUUGUCCCGGGCGCUGCUGGGAGCCUCCAUGAAGGACGCCGUGCUGGAGCUCAACGCCUCCAACGAAAGGGGAAUCGAAGUGGUGAGGAACAAGAUCAAGAUGUUUGCUCAGCAGAAAGUCACGCUGCCCAAAGGACGACACAAGAUCAUCUUCCUGGACGAAGCCGAUAGCAUGACGGACUGCGCCCAGCAGGCACUGCGGAGGGUCAUCGAGAUCUACUCAAAGACGACGCGCUUCGCUCUGGUGUGCAACACGUCAGAUAAGAUUAUCGAGCCCAUCCAGUCGCGCUGCGCCGUGCUGCGCUACGCCAAGCUGACAGACGGGCAGAUCCUGGCACGCCUGCAGGACGUCGUCCAGAAGGAGGAGCUGUCGGUGUCUGCCGGCGGUCUGGAGGCCGUCAUCUUCACCGCACAGGGAGAUAUGAGACAGGCGCUAAAUAACCUUCAGUCGACCCACUCCGGCUUCGGCUUCAUCAACAGUGAGAACGUGUUCAAAGUGUGCGAUGAGCCCCACCCUCUGCUGGUGAAAUCCAUGCUGGAACACUGCGUGGCGGGCGACAUUGACCAGGCGUACAAAGUGGUGGAGUCGCUGUGGGCGCUCGGAUACUCGCCAGAUGACAUCAUCGGGAACAUUUUCCGGGUUUGCAAGGUCCUCCCCAUGGCCGAGUACCUCAAGCUGGAGUUCAUCAAGGAGAUAGGUUACACUCACAUGAGGAUAUCUGAAGGCGUGAACUCUCUGCUGCAGAUGGCCGGGCUGCUGGGGAGACUCUGCAGCAAGACGGUACCCCCCGCUGCCAGCUGAAGGAACUGCUGCACGCUAACGUUGAUCACACUGACACCAGAGACUAGAAAUAAAUCACCUGUUCACUGAUCAGUGUCCACACGUUCUGUUGAACCUGACUCAGAGCUGGAUCUGGGCUUAAAGGAGAACUUUCCCAACAAUUUCUGAAACUGGUUCAGUAUUAAACAAGAA